GCGCCAGAGCCCGGGAUAUGGAGGCUGUUUAGACAGAAGCAGGAGCUUUUUGCAUCGUUUAUCAUCCAGCCAUUUGCCCAUCACGGGACAUUCCCAGCACAAGGGGCCUCCCUACUGCUCACGAUUUAUUGAUUCUUUGCACUUGCAAUUAAAGUUCUGCUGAUGAUGUUACCGAGCCCAGUCACUUCCACACCUUUCUCUGUCAAAGACAUUUUAAAUCUGGAGCAACAGGCUCAGCAGCCCAUCGCCCACCCCCAGCAUCUCCAGCAGCAGUGCAGCAGCAGCAGGGGGGCCCAACUCCAGCAGCAGUGCAGCAGCAGGGGGGCCCACACAGCCCCGGACUUGGAAGCAGACUUCCAGCAGCAGCACCAGGCCUCGUGUAUGUUGGCAGCAGGAGAGAGAUGUGUGUAUGCGGGCGGGGAGGAUAAACUGCCUUUUCUUAGUGCCACGGGGGCCGCUGAGGCUCAUGGGGAGGUUGGACUCUCCCCUGAAAGAUUUGUGGCCCUCAGGGACCCCAAAGAAGAAGAUGAAGAGGAGGAAGACGGUGGUCACAACUCUUGUUUCCUGGAUAAAUCUCCUGAUGGUGAGGGGAAGCAAGAAGACCCAGACAGGCCUAAGCAGAGAAGCCGCAGAAAACCCAGGGUCCUGUUCUCUCAAGCCCAAGUGUUUGAGCUGGAGAGGCGAUUUAAACAACAGAGGUAUCUCUCUGCCCCAGAGAGGGAGCAUUUGGCAAACAGCCUGAAACUCACCUCUACCCAAGUCAAAAUCUGGUUCCAAAAUAGGAGAUACAAGUGUAAGAGGCAAAGGCAGGACAAGUCUUUGGAGAUGGGCAGCCACCACCCUCCCCCUCCCAGAAGGGUCGCAGUGCCAGUGUUGGUGAGAGAUGGAAAGCCUUGUAUUGGUGGAUCUCAAAGCUACAAUACGGCCUAUAAUGUGACAGCCAGUCCUUACACCUAUAACAGUUACCCGGCCUACAGCUACAACAACAGCCCUUCCUACAACACCAACUACAAUUGCAAUUAUGCCAGUAUCCCCUCUAACCUGCACAAUACAGGAACCAGUCCAUUUGUGAACCUCAGCCAGAUCAGCAAUUCCCAGCAGCCCCAGGGACACCCAGGGACUCCAGUUCCUUCAUGUCAGGGGACUUUACAGGGAAUCCGGGCCUGGUAGAACUUGGACGAAUGCUUCUGCUUUGGACCUUACCAGCUCCACAGGAAAUGUGCAACUUCUGGAUUCAGAGACAGAAAAAA